AUGGGGUUUGGAAGCAGGUGGAGGUCAUGGGUUAUGGAGUGUGUAACCACAGCUUCUAUGUCGUUCUUGAUAAAUGACUCGCCGUCUAAACCAUUCAAAAUGGGAAAGGGUUUGAGACAAGGAGACCUCCUCUCUCCUUUCUUGUUUGUGCUGGUUGUGGAUGUCCUGCAUAGGAUGGUUGGGGAGACAAUCAGGAACAUGCGUAUUUUUUCAUUGAUGGUUGGUAGAGACAGGGUGGAGCUUUCGCACCUUCAGUUUAUUGAUGACACCAUUCUGUUUUGCCCGUCGGAAGAUGAGACCAUGAAGAACUACAAGCGGCUACUACGGUGGUUUGAGUUGAUGUUCGGGCUCAGUAUUAAUUUUGAUAAGUCCAGUCUAAUUCCAAUCAAUUGUGAUGAGCAAUUGGUUCAACGUAUGUGUAGCUUGUGGGGUUGUAAGUCAGGUACUCUCCCAAUGAGAUACCUUCGGGUCCCCUUAGGAGCAAACCCAAGACUGCUAAAGACUUGGAAGCCUGUAAUCGACAAGGUAUAG